AUGGCUGACGACACACGUAAAGUUCGUGUCGAAGAGCAACUGAAGAUCAAAAUAGGGGAAGCAAAAAGUCUCGUGGGACGCAGCAGCAAUAGUGGUACCACGUCAUCGAAAGAAAACCGAGAUGUGUACUGCACGAUCGCGCUCGACCAGGAGGAAAUUUGCCGGACGCCCACCAUCGAGCGUACGCUUUCGCCAUUCUUUGGCGAAGAGUACCAGUUCGAAAUACCGCGCUCCUUUCGGUACCUUUCGGUGUACGUGUGGGACCGCGAUCGCCACUUGAAGCAGGACAAACCGUACGGCAAAAUAGCGAUCCGGCGCGAAGAUCUGCACCAGUACAACCAUAAGGAUCACUGGUUUCCGUUGCGCCCCGUCGAUGAGGACUCGGAGGUGCAGGGUAUGGCCCACCUGCUUAUCAACAUUGAUGACGGCGUGGGCAACCUGAAACAGCACACCGGGGAGUUCGAGGACUAUCGGUAUCUUACACAGCCGACAACACUGUCGUGGUUGCAUCAGCAGCAACAGCAACAGCAGCAGCAGCUUCUUCACCAAAAUCAUCUAAACCAGCAGAACCUACACCAUCAUCAUCUGAACGUUCACAGCACAUCAGGAGCAAACGUUGGUGGUAUAUUGGUGGGCAGCGAGUCUAAGGAGAACAGUGGCAUCCUCCCAUACCCGACCGCCCACUCGCCAAACCCGUCGUCCAACAAUGCGUUGAUGUCAGUUCAGCUAAAUAGUUCUGUCGCUAGUACAAAUCUAAAGUUAUUUUACCCAACAAAGGGUAUCAACACACUCCUCGGCGGGUCUAUGGAAGGUGGCGGCGGUGGGGCAGGUAGUCAGAUGACGCCGCUUUUGAAACUUUUCGAUUCCAGCCACACAUCACCCUUGUUACUGUCGCUGUAUACCAAUGGAUCGGGCAAUGGAGACGUCGUGCACGGACACGUGUCCGGUGGUAUGUUGGUCAGCGGCGGAGUAAGCAGUCGGAUCACGAUCAAACUAACGGAGUGUUUGGAUUUGGCACGCAAAAACGGUCUCUGUGAUCCGUACGCAAUCGUAGUGGCGCACUAUUCGAACAAAAAAACCAUCACAAAGCGCACGAAGGUGCGUAAAAAGACCAUCAACCCGUCGUUCGACGAAACGUUCAGCUUUGAUCUGUGUAUCGAUGGGCACGGGAGUGACUCCUCGAAAAGUGACAGCAACAACAUGUACACGGUAAUGCCGCUCGGUGGUGCGGAUCUUUGUGAAGUCGUCAUUAGCUUCAAGCACGCCAGCCCGGGCAUGGGAGACGACGUAUUUUUGGGCGAGAUUCGCAUACCAGUUCGGGGGAAACAGCAACAGAAUGCGGUGCAACCGAGCGCCUGGUACUUUCUACAGCCGCGCACCAGUCAAUCACGACCCAUGCGCACCUGUGCAACGCCACCAGGUACCCGGCUGUCCUGCGACAAUUCGCUCGGGUCGUUACGGUUGAAGCUAAACUACACCUCCGACCAUGUGUUUCCUUUGGCGACCUACGACCAGCUGUACAACGUCCUAAUUCAAUCGAUCGAUCAAAAACCGAUCACGGCCAGUGCGGUACAUAUUCUAGGUGAGAUCAGUCACAACAAAACGGAGGUAGCGCAACCGCUGGUACGUUUGUUCACCCACACCAACGUAAUCGCGCCGAUGAUAAAAGCGUUGGCUGAUCACGAAAUUUCGAAACUCACCGAUCCGACGACUAUCUUUCGCGGCAAUACGCUAGUGUCAAAGAUGAUGGACGAGGCGAUGCGACUGUCCGGUUUGCACUACCUGCACGCAACAUUGCGCCCGAUCGUAGAGGAGAUCUUUGCCGAAAAGAAACCGUGCGAAAUUGAUCCAUCCCGGGUGAAAGAUGUUAGUGCCAUCGAGGGCAACCUGCACAAUCUGCAGGACUACGUCGGGAAGGUGUUCGAAGCGAUCACGAAAAGUGCGGUUAAGUGUCCAGCGAUACUGUGCGAAAUAUUUCACAAUCUGCGCGAAUGUGCCGCCAAAUACUUCCCGCAGAACAAGGAGGUACGCUAUUCCGUAGUGUCGGGGUUCAUCUUUUUGCGGUUCUUUGCGCCUGCAAUUUUAGGACCGAAACUGUUCGAUCUGACUACCGAACCAGUGGACGAACAGACGACGCGCACCCUAACGCUGAUCUCCAAAACAAUCCAAUCGAUGGGUAACCUGGUCAGUUCGCGAUCGGCGCAGCAACCGUGCAAAGAAAAGUACACCGAGCAGCUGUAUAAAAAGUUUUGUACGGAGCAGCAUGUCGAAGCGAUUAAGCACUUCCUGGAGGUGAUUUCUACCGUUGGCGCUACCAACACUGGCGAAGGGCAAUCGAGCAUACUAGAACCUGUGGUGCUGAAAGAAGGAGAAUGGAUGAUGACGAAACGCGCCCAAGGACGAAAACGGUUUGGCAGGCGGAACUUCAAGCAGCGCUACUUCCGGCUGACGACACAAUCGCUUAGCUACGCAAAGGCCAAGGGAAAACGACCCAUCUGUGAUAUACCGCUAGCUGAUAUACUGGCUGUCGAACGGCUCAAUGAAAGGAGCUUCAAGAUGCAAAAUAUUUUUCAGAUAAUUAAAAAAGAUCAGCGACCCCUCUAUGUACAAACAGCAAACUGCGUGGAGGAGAAAGAGUGGAUUGAUCUGCUGAGUAAGAUCUGUCAAAGCAACAAAGCCCGACUCGUUAAUUUUCAUCCUAGGGCAUACAUUAACAGUGCAUGGACAUGUUGCAAUGAAAGUGACCAAUAUGCGGCAGGUUGUACGCCCGUAUCAUCUUCCGGCCCGAUCCAGAUGGAGCUCGCGACCGCCCUUGAUCCGGCGCGCGAUUUGCAGCGACUACAUUCGCUAAUCAUUGCCAACAUUAACAGCUUGGAGGUGUUGGAUCCGACCACGGCCUAUGAAGAUCCAAUGGCAGCGCGGAAAACGAUAAAAAAACUGAACGAAAUUGCCACGACACUAGAACAGAUUCACCGAAAGUACAAGUCGAUGUUGGCCCGCGACCUCAAGUACGGUAGCCGGCAGGCACCGAUCGGUGAUGAUAACUAUCUACACAUGCCAAGGUCCGGUUUUACGGCAGUUAUGGCGGCAGCAAGUGCAGCAGCUACUACCGGAAGUGGUACCCUGAACGGAUCGCAAUCUGCCAAUUCGUCCUGCAUGUCAAACACUAACAACAGCGCGGUAGGGAUCGCUACUGCCGGUUGUACCACAACACUUGGCAAUGGUGGUAUUGGCAGUGUAACGCCGAUCAGUGUCUCAACCCAGCACUAUCCCGAUGCCAGCUUGGCGCACUUUUUCCCCCAUCGGAAUUUGCUAAUGCGCAGCGCAGACGGCGGUGAUCCCCUGACGCAAUGCUAG